GAAAGACCAUUUCCUCUCUGAAACAGAAACACUGAAAGCAGAAUUCUGUUGCUGUUUGGAGGAGAAAAUACAAGAUAGAUUAAACUCAACUUCUGGUGUGAUUUCCAGGUUCUGAAUCACUGUAGGAUAAUUGCUGGUGUUAGAUGUGGACAAAAGCUACCUCUGCUCUUGAAAAUGAGUCCCAAAUGGCUCCACCUGUACAUUCCAACAGAAAAGAACUGGCUAUUUUGAAGUAGAGGAUGAAAGCACCAACAGCGCAGCCUUCUGUGGAAUCUGGAGGGAAAAUAGACUCAGGUGAGAGCAAAGAAGAAAAAGCUGACAUGGGAUUAAAACAACUACAGAUCCUGCCUGAGGUUUGCCUACAUGUACUACAUGUAACAAGUAGUUCUUCUUUCCAGCCUGCCUGUGGAGCUAUUGUUCUUCCUGAUACACAAAGGGGUUGAAAGUGUAUGGUCCCAAACCAGCCCCUUUCCAACGUGUCAGUUGGAACUGAUCUCCAGUGCCACCUCUGCCCCUGGAGAGCCCAUCACACCAUGGAGGCUCCCUCCAGCUUUCCAUUUUAAGGUGGUGUUUGUAACAUCAGCAGCAUCUUCACCAGCCUCCUGGAGAACCAAGCAGUUCAAGGUGAUGGAUCACUUGCUAUGUCAGCCAGAGAUGUGAUCCCGGUGGCCUUGAGCUGAGUGAAGGCUAAGGUUAACCCACCAUGCCUCGCUUGCUGCUUCAGUCAUACCAGUCACAGAUGAUGGCAUUUCUUGAGGAGUUUGACCACUACUCUUCCUUGGACAAACUCAUGUCAAUCUACCAAGCAACCAACAGGACCAUCUUCAACUGGACAGACAGCCGGAUCGUUGAGUGGGAGAAAUUCGCUGAGCUGGCUAAAUACGAGCCGGAAUCCCAGAAACCGACAGUGAAAGCUCUCCUCAUUGUGGCGUACUCAGUCAUUAUCAUCAUGUCUCUCUUUGGGAACAUGCUGGUGUGCCACGUGGUGCUGAAGAACAAGAGGAUGCACUCAGCUACCAGCCUUUUCAUCGUCAACCUGGCAGUGUCUGACAUUAUGAUCACGCUGCUCAACACACCUUUUACCUUGGUUCGGUUUGUGAACAGCACGUGGGUUUUUGGAAAGGCCAUGUGCCACAUCAGCCGCUUCGUGCAGUACUGCUCCCUGCACGUCUCCACGCUGACGCUGACAGCCAUUGCUCUGGACAGGCACCAGGUCAUCCUGAACCCACUGAAGCAGAGGAUGUCAUUAACAAAGGGAAUGCUGAGCAUCUCUGUUAUCUGGCUGAUGGCAACCUGUUUCUCCCUACCCCAUGCUAUCUACCAAAAGCUUUUCCAGUAUAACUACAGGAAAGCCACUGUCCGGAGUUUGUGCCUCCCAGAUUUUCCUGAGCCUGCAGAGCUGGUCUGGAAGUAUCUGGACCUGUCUACCUUUCUCCUUCUUUACCUCCUGCCUCUGCUCAUCAUCACUGUCACCUACACACGCCUGGCCAAGAAGCUGUGGCUCCGCAAUGCCAUCGGAGACAUUACCACACAGCAGUACAUCACCCACCGCAAGAACAAGAAGAAGAGCAUCAAGAUGCUGAUGCUGGUGGUGGUGGUCUUUGCUGUCUGCUGGUUCCCUCUCAACUGCUAUGUGGUGCUCAUCUCCAGUCUAGGCAUCAAGACAAAGAACUCCCUCUAUUUCGCCCUGCACUGGUUCGCCAUGAGCAGCACCUGCUACAACCCUUUCAUCUACUGCUGGCUGAACGAGAACUUCCGCUCGGAGCUCAAGUCCCUGCUCUGCAUGUGCCAGAAGGUGCCUCAGGCUCAGGACAAUGCACUGCCACCUGUGGUCACAUCCUGCCACGAGGCGUGGCUGGAGCAGGCCAGGUACCAGAAGGGACCUGCCUCGCAGAUUAUUUGCUCCACUGUAAACAUCCAGACGGCCAACACAGACCUGUGACCUACAGGGCUGAGUGAGAAGGAACAGGAGAGAAAGGAGGGAAGGUCCUCGCUCCCAGGCCCCUUGAUGCCACUCAGCCAUGUUCCUGUGCCUCGGGUGUGUAUUGCAACAUCUGCAUGAGGAGAAGACAGCAGAGCAUUAUGAGCAGCAGCAGAAACAGAUGAAUACACAAUCCUCAAGGCAUUUCAGUUGGAAAACAACAGUUACUUGAAUACAGGGAUUUAAAGCAGCCUGCUGCUGGGUGCAGGCACUGCCCUUUCUCUACUUAGAGCAGGGUCUAUUUUCAGUUGAAAAAUGUCAUUAUGAGUUUUUCAGAAUGUUGAAAGCAUCUCUAAUUAAUGAGCAUUACCCCAUUUAAUUAUUAAGUGAAACUGUAAUUUGCUUUUUUACUGUUGUUGGCUCUUCAUCAGCUUGUAGUGAAUGGCCCUCAAACUACCAUGUAUUCCACUGUAUGGAAAUAGUUUUUCUUCCCGGUGGAAAGGUGGAUGUCAGCAUGGCACUUUCAGUUUCCACUUCAGAAGUGUAGCAGCCCAUUUCCACACAAGUAUCUUCAGAUGUUUAAGAGACUUUUCCCCAAAGCUUGCAAACCCCAACACCCUUCAUCCUUUGGUUAAUGUAACACAAGCUUUUAGCAGGAUCUGAAGAUGUAAAUAUGAUGCUGUUAUAAGAUAUGUGCGCUGGCUUCUCCCAGCAACUGAAGAGUUUCCUUUAAGAAUAGAAAUGUGAGUGAUGGCAGUCUCGGGGCAAACCAGGAGAUGGCCAGGAAAAGCCUGGAAGAUGCCAUGCUGCAUGGGCACAGGAAGGAAAAACAUCCUGAGAGGUCCUACUUUAAAUGGGAUAACUGGAAAAAGCUGCCUCCCCCCAUCCCUCUAAUAGUCCAGGAGAGGAUGUAAAAUCAGCAGAAAAAAAAUAGCAGAAAAGAGAGGCUGGGUAGAGCAUGGAGUUACCCAGGACCUGGUCUGGAGGCAGGAAGUGAGAGCUCUGUGGCACCAAACCCUACUUGGUGCUUGUGCUGGAUCUGGAGGACUUGAUCCAGGCUAUUGAACUUCCCCGACACGCUCUCACAGGGCUCCUUCAGAAAUCAAGGUUCAAACUCACUCUUUCCAGUAGGUAACAGGAUUCACACUAUGUAAUAAGUAAAGUAUCCAUCUCUAGUGCUGCAGCAGUAGUGCUAAAUGAGCCGUGAUAGCAGCAUCCAUCAGUUAAUACGACAGACGCAGAGCUUGGUUAGCUGUGAUUCAUGGGCUUAUUUGCUGUUCACAGUUAUUCAACUGAUUCAGAUACUCAUGAAAAACACCACUGGUCUCACCCAAAAACCAU